AUGGAGACCAACGGCCUGAAGAGAAGCCACGACGACUUCUCUGGUGACGAGGCCACGAUCGAGGACCGCGGCUUGCAAGCCGGCGUCAAGCAGCAGGCCACCGAGGCCGUAGUCCAACACAGCAAAGCCGUAUCUCCUGUGCGCCAGAUGCCAACCCGCGAUACGCCGCCGCCCCCGAGCAGCCCGAGCGAGCUGACCGAUGCCGGCACCCUCACACCAGAGCGAGGCUCACCCUCGCCCGAUCUCACACCUAGCAAGAAUUCAACUCACCUGACGCAGUCCGCAGACGCCAACCUCGCCUCAUCAUCAAACACCGCCAUCUCAAACUCUACUGCCUCAACAACUCAACCGUCCAAACGGAAGCGUCGGACCGCAGCCGAGAAGGAGGCCGAGGAGAAGGAGAAGGCGCAGAAGAAGAAGGAGCGUGAAGAGAAGAGAGAAGCCAAACAAGCCGAAAAGGCAAAGGCCGACGCCGAGAAGCACGCCAAGCAAGAGGAAAAGCGCCGUAAGAAGGAGGAUGAGGAGCGCAAGGUGCAACAGGAAAAGGACAAGAAGGAGCGCGCCCAACCGAAGCUCAUGUCCUUUUUCAAGGCACCCACCACACCCAUGAAGGAUAUAGUGGUGCCCAAGAUCAAGACGGAAAGUCCUGCUAAAGCCGCCGGGACGCCAGACGCCAAAAUAGCUGCAGUCAAGAAGGAGGAGCAGUCGGAGUAUGAGAAGCGUUUCAAGCCAUUCUUUGUGCAAAGCAGUGUUCGUUUGGCCAAAAAUCCUUUUGAGAUGGACGACGAGACACAUGAGGCUAAAACAAGGGUGUUGGGCGAGUACUUUGACGGGAAGAGAGAGUCGACACAAGCCGGCAACUUUGACCCUAUCGAGGUUUUCCAACUUCUCAGCCGUCCUGCCCCACGUGGCAGAAUCUACCCUCCAGUGCGGUUCACCAUCGAAAACAUGCGGAAGCUCACACAAGACGCAAGCAGUGAGGAGGACAAGAAGGCGAUUGUAAAGGACAUUGCAGAUGCGCUGAGAAAAGUCCCUACCAAGUCACUCAAGUUCUACCAGGAUGUGCGCCCUCCAUACCGAGGCACCGUCACCCUCAGGCCCUACCAAGCAGGCAAAUCCGGCAUGCGACGCCUCGCCCGAAACCCAACCCGCCGCGACCAGCUCCCCGUUAACUACGAUCACGACUCGGAAGCCGAGUGGGAAAGCGAAGGCGAGGACGUUGACAUUGACGAUGAUGACGACGAGGACCUUGAUGCCGAUGGAGAAGACAUGGAUGAGUUCCUCGACGACUCAGAAGACAACGGCCCCGCUCGGUUCGUGAGUGCCAACGGUCUCGAACCUGAGAGCACAGGACUCUGUUGGGAGGAUGGCACGCGCAAGGGUCCCAAUCGCACCGUAUACGAACACAGGAUGGAAUUCAUUCUGGGUAAGCUAUAUCCCGUCUCCCGCUCGUACAGCCGCGUUAACACAUGCUUUAAAGAGAGUCUCGAACACCAUCACGGCAUCGAUCCGUUCUCGACGAAAUACUGGGAACCCGAGCCAAAGCCCAAACCUGCUGGUCGUCCACUCAAAGACAAAGCGGCCAAAGGUCAAGCGACCAAGGAUAAAGCGGCCAAGACCCAAGCAGCCAAGGACAAGACUGCCGCAGACUCGAAGCCGGCCGAUGCCUUCAAGGCGAUUACCUGCAGCAGUACAAAGAGCAGCGUACAGUCACUGCCGAAGAAGAUAUUGGAGAAUAACAACCUCCAGGAGCUCAAGAAGGUCAUUGAGGCGAACCCCAAGAUCGCCAAGGGUGGCUUGGUCGAUCUCUCGUACGUUGCGCUUGCUCACGCCAAGAUUUCCCGCAACGACCUGAAGGAAGCCAUCGCCAUGAUUGCAGAAAAGGUCGGCGGUAAAGGGCUCGCCGGCUCCUGGGCUAUCAAGUCAGGUUUCGAUGUUUGA